GUUAAUAAGAGGACACAGGCGGGGGAAGCGGGGCUGCAGAAGAACUCUCUGUACUUGAUGCACGAUUUUUCUGGAAGCCUAAAGCUGCUCUAGAAAAUAAUAAUUAGUUAUUAAUUAAAAAAAUUCUACUUUGCAAAGGCAAGAUUGGGACGGAGGGCAGGAAGCAGGUGCCCACGCAGGUGCUGUGGGGGCAGGGAUGGCCGUCUGGGGCGUCCACAAACCACAAGCCCAAUGGCGUGCACCGGGCGUCUGCUGCUGCUCUUACUGCUACCCAUGAGCAUGGCCUGGAAGUCCAAGAGCUUGUUCCUGUUCAAUAAGAGGACGGGAGAAGCGUGCAACGACCACUCCGAGUGCCAGAGCCGCUGCUGCGUCCCCAACAGCCCGAACCCGCAGGCCUUCUGCGCCGCCAAGACCCUCUUCCUCCAGUGCGUGCCCUGGCGGAAGCUGCUGCGUCACCAACAGCGCCAGCUCGCAGACGUUCUGCAGGCCCCGGGGCAUCUUCCUGCAGUGCACGCCUUGGCGCAGGCCCGACGGCGCCCGCUGCGGCCACCACCGGGAGUGCCGGAGCCAGUGCUGCAUCGCGCUCAGCGAGGUCAGCUGUCCCCGCUGUGUCCGCCGGAGCGGCCUCCUGGCGCAGUGCCUGCCCUUGGUGAGCGCCCGGCCCCGGGAGGGGCUUCCCGCGGCGCCCGAGGUCGGCGGCCCGCGAGGGGGCCCGGGUCUCCACACCCGCGGGGCGCCCCCUUCCGGGAGGGGCUGACGCCGGCGGCCUCCGGGUCCGUUUUCCUUAACCGGAAAGGAAAGAGGCCCUGGGGGGACCGGGCCCCGCGGUCAGGGUCCCAGUGGGAAGCAGGUGCCGCGCGCCUGGUGAAGGGCCAUUAGCUGCGGGGCUGCGGGGCUGCGCGGUGGGCCCCGAGCGGGGGCAGCAUCAGGAUUCACAGCCGUGGGACUGAGGAAGGGCGGCCGCGGGAGGAGGACAACGGCCCCGCGCUCUCCUUCCCUCCGCUCCUUUUGGACCCUUGGGAGAGCGGAACAGUAACCCUCAAGCCGCAAGGACAGGGGUCAGCCUCCUAGGGCACAAGACCUGCGCCCCUGCCCUGCAGACGGGUCGUGGGGCGGGCGCACAUGGGACCUGGACAGACGGAGACCAGGGUGGGGGUGGCGGACAGAGUGGUGGGCGGGAGACGGAGAUGGGGGGACGGAUAUGGGGACGGAUAUGGGGACGGAGGUGGGGAGUCAGAGACAGUGAAGGCCUGAGGGGUGGGUGCCGGAGACAAGGGAGCGGGAGCUCGGAGAAGGGUGGGGGCCACAGCAACUGGAGUCGGGCUGGGGGCUGCGGGAGCACACGGGGGUGCAGUGUUGUGUGGGUGUUCAGGCACCUGGCUUGAGGCUGGGAUCGGUAACUUUUUUCUGAUCGUAAAGGGGUCUCUGUCUCCGAGGUAAGGACCAAAUUCUUGAACACAUAACCCCAUCUCGCCAGGUGCGGUGCCAUCGGCUCCUCGAGGAGCCCCGGGCACAGCGGGUGCUCACGGAAACGUGUUCCCUGCUGGGCUCCCACGGCUGCCCUGGCCGCAGGCGAGCUGAUGGCCGGGGGGCGGGGGCGGAGAGCUGUGAGGCACCUGUCUCCCCCGUGCAUGUGGCACUUUCUCUCACUUGGUCCUUCAGUGACAGGGGAGCUUGGCUCUCGGGUCCACGCUGCUCUCUCCCGGCUGUGAGGACCUGCAGGCGGCAGACGCGGCUGUCCCUUCUCCCAGCGGGGAGCUCCUGAGGCUGACGGUGCGCGUGUCCGGGGACAAACUGCGGCUCCCAGAACCUUCCCACCAAUAAACACCUGCUGACUCACCCGGC